AAAUCUUUUCCAGCAACGCCGCACCCCCUUAGCUUUUGAUUGGCCGCGUUGAUGCUUAUCAAGCCCAGUUACCAAAAGCUUUGCAACAUCCAAAGCCGAGAAAUUGUUGGAGCGUUUGAGCUGUGUUUAUUUUGUGUGUUUGCACACACUGCUGAGCCAGAGCAGGCAGAGAUCAAGCCGUGCCUUGCCUAUUCUGCCCGAAGUGGGAUGUAAGAAAGCUGAGUCUUUCAACUCACUGUCCGGACUCCGCUGCACUCCAGGCAUGAGCAGCCCUGAUGCUGGUUACGCCAGUGACGACCAGACACAGAGUAGAUGCCACAUGGCGGGGAUGUUGCCGGCAUUGGGAUCCUGCCAGUGGGCUGAAUCCUUGAGUGCUCUCGGUGAGACUAAGGUUGGCAGCACUGCUGACCCGGCGAGCAAUGCCAACCGAGCCAAGUCUGAGAACCGCAUCCGCCGACCUAUGAACGCCUUCAUGGUCUGGGCUAAAGACGAACGCAAGAGGCUAGCUCAACAGAACCCGGAUCUGCACAACGCCGAGCUUAGCAAGAUGUUGGGAAAAUCAUGGCGAGGGCUUUCUUUGGCUGAGAAACGUCCCUUCGUGGAAGAGGCAGAGAGACUUCGAGUCCAGCAUAUGAAAGAACAUCCCAAUUAUAAGUAUCGGCCCCGGCGGAGAAAACAGAUCAAGAGAAUUAAGCGGGUCGACACGGGUCUGCUGAUACACGGCAUCUCCCAGCCACAGCUGGGCAGCGAGGCCCGCCUCUGCGGCCAAAGCAUGAAUCUCACAUAUCACGACACUAGUUACUGUCUCCAAAAUCAGAUCCCCCCACUCAGCCAUUACAGGGACACGCAAACCAUAACAAGCAGCAUGGACAGUUUCGGCUUGCCAACUCCCGAGACCUCUCCUUUAGAUGUUCUGGAAGCAAAUUCCAUGUUUUUCCCUCCGCAUUUACAGGAAGAUUGCCAAAUGAUGCCUUACGCGAACAACACCAGUUACCACCACCAGCAUCCCGACUACUCUACCCAGGAAGGCCAGAUAGCUAUGUUCCGAAGGCACAGAGUUGAGCUGGGUGAUGAUCAGCUAGGACACCACGACAGUAGUUUCCACGGGACUCUCGGCUCUUGUCAGAACGUGUUGGCAAUGUACUACAACCAGAUGUGCUCGGCAAACAGCCAGCGGGCCCAACACGUGCAGGUAGGACAACUGUCUCCACCAGCGGACCCACAUCAUGUAGACAAUCUGGAGCAUCUCAGUCAAGCGGAUCUUCUGGCUGACGUAGAUCGCAAUGAGUUCGAGCAAUACCUAACGUCAGUUUCUCGAUCCGAUCUAGCAGGACUUUCCUAUAGUGCACCAGAAGCAAACCCAAAUGGAUUGACCUCUGCAGAGAACAAUCUGAUUUCCUCCGUCCUUUCCGACGCUAGUAGUGCCAUGUAUUACUCCAGCUUCCCUUCAGCGUAGAGGGGAAACCACCUUCUUAAAAGAAAGAACAGACAAAAAUAUCGACAGUAUUACAAACCAAAAAUAUUUUUCUUUUACAAUUGUAGUUGUGCUCAGGGUGUUCCGAAAAUGUUGCCUGAUAUUUAAGGUUGUGUAUUUAAAGUAUUCUUGCUUUUAUUUUGAGCUUCAGAAAGUUGUACAACGGCUUGUUUUUGGUGUCCUUUACACAAUGAUCUUAAACAAUACACCUUUUUAUCAUUUGGGACUUUAUUUUUUAAUAACGGGGAAAUUUGUAGAACCAGAGUCUUCCACAAACAGCGCGGUUUGUACUGGACGAGAAUUGCUUCAGCAAUCAUUAUGUAAAUAUUUAAUUUCUUAUUGAAAUGAAAUGUUUUGUACGGUUUUGCACUUUUUAUUACAAGUUAAUAAAGUUUUGGAAAUUUUAA